AUGGCCGAUGUACGGGCUGUUGUGCCGUUAGAAUAUACACAGUUUAAAUUUAUGCGCAAGUUCGAGUACUACAAUGUGGUGGUGCAGGUUUGUUUAUUAUUUGUGGAUGACUUCAAGACAUACGUUUACAAGUGGAGUAAGGGACCGAAGGUGAUAGGAUUGAUGGUGACUGAGAGAAGUAAGAUUGCAAUGCGGUGUUGGGAUGGUACUGAAAUUACAUGGAGUAAAAAGUUAUUCAGAUUCGAAGUUUCACAGAUAAAGGAAGUGAUUGUAUUAGAUCCACUUUUGGAAGAAAAAGCUGGUUGCUUGGCGUACGAUAUUGUUCUUUUUGGUGAUCACGGGGAUAAAGCUUGCAGAGAUCUGAAAGCUGGCGACGUUAUCGUUAUUCGGAAUUUACAUGUUAGUCAACCAAGUGGAAGUGGACUUGCAUGUCUUACUUUACACGACGGUGAAAAUACGGCUAAGUUCAACAGAGGUUUCACUGUCCUUUCAGAUGACGACAAUCUGAAGAUUAAGUUUUUGAAUGUUCUUUCUCCGCUUGUUGUGCCACAAGAGGAUUCGAAUGUUGCCUCAUCAUCCUUGGUAGGCAGACAUUUGAAUUCAUGUAAUGAAGAGCUCAAUCCGGAGUUACUGAGCAGUUUUGAUGAUUCCCUUGCUCUGAACACCCGUGACAGUUUUCUGUGCUGUACUGAUGCUUCAAAACGGCUUCAUUUAAUUCACUCGUGGCAGUUGGUAGAAUUGGCGUACUUGUUCAGUGGAGCCGUUGUUCGAAACAGUUACUGGUGUGAUGCUCUUCAUAAUGCUGUUAUCGCAAAAGUGCCAUUUUUUAUUCGCUCCUUGGUGGAAUCCUGCAGAGUGAGCGAUCGUGGAAGGGAUGCCUUGCGUGGUCUAUUUUCCUUGAAUGCUCUGCGCUCGGCCAUAAUUGGAACAUACCUUGGGAAUUAUUUUGUCAGUUUGCUGUCUAGAAAUUUCCCGUUCUCAGUAAGUUGGACUUACAUUUUUAAUGAUUUUCAAGGGACUUGGGGUAGGCGUGGUAUGGAUAGUUACGGAGAAGUUUUUGAGGGUUUCACAUAUGGAAGCAAGUGUUUAAGCCGUGUGGACCCGGAAGUACCUAUAACAGUCAGGCUGCUUGAGCAUGUACCUGCUCAGUGUGCUGCGAUAAACUCUAAGAUUCCCUCUACAUUGUUUUAUUAUUUAGUUGGACAGUCCCACUUCUUAGAGUCCUCCCAAAACCUAUCUUCGCCAUUGAGUGUAGUGAAUGCGGAUUUUGGAUGUUUGUCUCGCCGCGUGAGCCAAAAUUACUCAACAGACUGUGCUUGUAUUGCUUCUCGAGAUUUGUAUCGCGAAAACGUCUUCUUGUUUCCUAUUGGCAUUCUGCAUAUGUUUGGGAUAGAAAUACCAUGUAACGCCAUGGAAGCAGUGCAAAAGUGGAAAGAGGGUCUUACAGAGAAGGAGGAAGAGGAUCUGGCAGGAGAAAUACAUGUAUGGACUCUGAAAAAGCUCUUGCGUGAAAGUUUUGCAGCGCUACAGCUUCAAGUUGACAGAGCUGAUCCUUCGUCAAAACGCAGAGUUACAUCUGAUCUAUGA